AUGAUUUAUGAUAUAAAACCGUUUAUCAAAAAUCUUGAGUUUUGGGAACAAAACCAGGCAUUUUCCUGUUUCAAGGACUUCAACGAAAUUGCUAUAAUGGCGCAAUUUGCUGUUUCACCCUUCAUGGAAAUCGAUAUCCAACAGUUUGCAACUUCUGUUACGCAGAAUUUUAGCGAAGACAUCGCUGCGAUAGAUAUUUGUCUCGAAUACAAAAUGUAUCUGACCUCCAGUAAGUAA